AUGAUACCUCGAUGUAGCUCAAUUUCACCUUCUGCUAUCGGCUUUGCACGUCAUUUUAGAGUAGGAUUUUCAUCUUCUUCGAAAUGGCACGCCAAAGUUUUUAACAACGCUAUCGAUGCUGUUAAAGACAUCCAUGAUGGUGCAAAAUUACUUAUUGGAGGCUUUGGACUUUGUGGUAUACCAGAAAAUUUGAUCACUGGUUUACUUAAAGCUGGAACCCGGGAUUUAAUAUGCGUUAGCAGUGACGUUGGUGUGGAUAAUUUUGGUGUCGGUUUACUGUUACAAAAUAAAAGAGUAAAAAGAAUGAUAUCUUCUUAUAUUGGUGAAAACAGUGAGUUCACGAAGCAGUACCUUCAAGGAGAAGUGGAACUAGAGUUAACUCCUCAGGUUUAUUACCGUUUUGCAUUCAGUCUAAAUAUAUGA